GUUUGCCUUUCGUUCAAUGGUGGCAACAUUGAAAAUGUUUGGAGUUUCUGGGUGUUUGGAGCACAAAAUUACUUGUGUAAUAAAAUAUCAGUUCAUUUUAUUCUAAUGAUUUUGCAAACAAACUAUGAAAACUUUGAUUGUUCAUUACAUUUUUUAACCUGAUCUGCUACUGAAAAAGCUUCAGGCUUGUGAUACUGCUAUUGUUACAACCUUCCAUCACUAUACAGGAUGAACUUACACAGUAGUUCAUCGAAACAUGACGAACUUCGUGAACACAUUUUUGAUUACUCCAAUUACUCUUCUACAGAAGAUGAGAACUCUAACUGGAAGCGUUCAACUAGUGAUGCAAGCUUUUUUCUUGACGGGCAGCUUCCGAUCGACGAGUGCGACACAUCUGGAAAUGUUUCAGAACAAGCACGAGUUUAUUGGGACUUACCAGAAGCUGUGGAAGCCUCCGUAACACCUAGUUGUGGAUUAGACAGAUCACAACGCAGCUACGAAGUACGAAAAUUAGAAAAGGUGUCAAGUGGAUCUGCAACAUCACGUGUUCAGGUGCAUCGUGUGCAUUUUCGAGAGCACAACUUACCACCAAUAAUGAGAAAAGAUGGAACGAAUCGUUCACAGUCAACACCAUUUACACCAUUUCAAUAUAUAGACUGUGCACGUUUAUUGAGACAGUUUCAAGAACAGCAGCAACAAAGAGAUUAUAAUCUUGAUUCAACUCGGUUAUUAUCUGUUCAGCAUCGUUCAAAAUCUGACGCAAAUCAGUCAGUAUCAUCAAGUUCUAAAUUUGUUUUAAAGACUACUGAUCAUCAAUCUGAUCUGACAAAUAACGACGCAAUUAUUAUGGGUAAUAAAGCUAUUAAAAAAGAAUAUAUUAACGAAUCAACGACAUCAUCAUCAUUAUCAAGUGUUCUUAAUAAUAGAUUUGAUACAUUUAUCAAUCAUACUAGUGGUAAUGUUGAUAAUAAAAUUAUUAAUGAUAUUAAUCCUAAAAGUAAUCACAAUUUUCAAAUGAUUGAACAAAAAAUGAUAUCAGAAAUGGAAAAACUAAGACAUAUUUCGUUGUCACCCUUCACUGUUUCAUCAUCUUCAUCAUUAUCGACCAUCGUGCAGCCAUCAGACAAUAUUGCUAAUAUUAUAACAACAAUGACUACAAUACCACAAGAUAACAAUUCCGUACUUGUACGGAACGAAAAAGACAUGAAUCGUUUAAAUGAAGAAUAUAAGACCAUAACCAACUGUGAAUAUUGGUUAAAUAAAGCACGUCAAGCAUGUGAAAAUCAGGCUGAUUUGAAUGUUUUAACUGCCGAUCUUAUAAAACCUGAUGGUCUUUUAGAAACAAUUGCAUCAAGACUUAUCAAACCUAUUGAGUCUACUUCGGAAGCGCCUAUUACUGAUUUUACUCAGAAUAUCCAUGAGCAAUAUUCUCAUUACGAUGAUCCAGAAACAAGUGAACUAUCCACAGAAUCUACAGAUAAUGUAGAUGGAAAACCUGUGAAAUUACUUUCCAGUACAACAUCGGACUUAAAUCUUCCGAAGGUCAAUCAGUAUAAUGAAGCUAGCAGACGAGUUGUUAUUGGCUCAGCACGACUACUCAGUCAGAUUUUAUCAGAAAAUCAUUUGCUCAAAAUACUAGAUAAGAAAUUAGUUUCACAAAAGCAUUCUAAUGUUUUGCAUAAAGAUGAGUUUGACAAAGUAGAUAAGUUGAUUAUUCAUAAACAAGAAUGUUCUCCGUGUAACACUUCACCCACCUAUGAUAAUGAUUAUGAAAAAUCAAUUGAUACGAGUGGUACCACAAAAUUAUUAUCUCCCACAGCUUUAUCAUCAACGCAAAAUCCUCUACUGUACAAUGAUAAGUUACCAUCACAUGGGCAUAUAACUAAUUUACUCAAGAAUAUUAUCGGAAAAUGUUGGGAAUACCGUGAAGAUGUAGAUAUCUAUCGUGAAUAUUUGGGAAUCUUAGAACCUUUAUUAAAGCAUACAGAAACAAUGUGUGAUACAGUAGUUGAAAAUGGUGGUCUUCGUAGUUUAAUUUAUGCUUGUCGUUCAAGUGAUCUACCAUCUUUACGUCAUGCAGCUGUUUGUCUAAUGAGUUUAGCACUAUUUGGUGGGAGUGGAAGUCAUAGUGAAAUGAUGCGUCAACAUGCAAUUGAAUGGUUAUUUUGUUUAGCAUUUCAUCAAGAUGAAGUAAUUAAAUAUUUUGCAUGUUUAACUAGUGCUGUACUAUCUACUAAUCCCGAAUUGACCGCUGCAGUAAAUGCUUCUUGUACACUCAACCUAGUGAUGCCUUUCGUACGUUCACAUUCACCAAUAGAAUUUGCUCGUCAACAUUUAGUUGCUGCUUUUCAACACACUUGUAAGAAGAACGCAUCCGAUACUUCAGAGUCACAGACAUCUUUUUCUAACAAUCAGUCAGACACUGCAAAUUAUUGCUGUGAAAAUCGGUAUACAGGGGGGUCGGCCGAUUGGUUAAAACGUUUAGUACCAGUUAUGUUCAGUAAACAAUUUGAACCACGUGUUUUGGUUGCUUUUCAUUUUGCUGUUGAAGCGACACUAAAAUCUGAUAUGAAGUGCAGCCAUGCGUUUUACGAAUCAGAUAUCGUAGAAAUCUUGCGUAAUGUUGUCUGUAGUUCAACUUUUCUUGAGUCGAAAUUCGCAGCAAUGGCCCUACAUAUUUUAGGUGAAGACGUCCCUUGUCGAUUGUCAGCCCAAGUACCGUUAUGGGAUUAUGCUGAAGUUGAAUGCUGGUUGACUCGAAGAGGAUUUGAAGAUUUGGCUAGUAAAUUUUCAAAGCUACGUGUUGAUGGUGAUUUAUUACUUAGAUUAGAUGAAUUCAAAUUAGAGAAGGAUUUAGGACUUGAAAAUGGAAUCACGCGAUCUAGGUUAUUACGUGAAUUAUGCUCUUUGAAGAUUAAUGCAGAUUAUUCAGCUGUUGAUCCAACUGGAAUUUCUGCUUGGCUACGUGAAGCUACACGUAUCACUGCUUUAAAUAAUACGAAUACACCAAGAAAUCCAACGACAUCAGAUUAUGUUGUAAUUAAAAAUGAUUUUCAAUGGACAACGGCUUCUACUAAUGCAUCAGAAUAUACCUCGAAAUAUUGUUAUACACAUGAUUUGUCCUGUUUAAAUCAAUCAUUCGAUCUUCUUCAAUAUUCAUAUAACUUUAUUUCAGCUGGUGUACAUUAUCCUUUCUUACCUUAUUUAUCAGAUAAAAUGCUUUUAGAAGAUUGUCACAUUAAAAAUGGAAUACAUCGUAAACGAAUUUUAGAAGCAAUACAAUCUUCCAUAUCAAUACAUAAUCAGUUACGUCUUACAGAUAAUGAUUCCAAAUUAAACGCUUCAAGUCAUCCAAACAAGUAUAUUGAUAUAUUUAUUUCUUACCGUCGUUCUACUGGUUCUCAACUGGCGAGUUUAUUAAAAGUUCAUUUUCAUUUACGUGGCUAUCGAGUAUUUUUAGAUAUUGAUCGUUUAACUGCUGGAAAAUUUCAUGAAUCAUUACUUCAUUCUAUUAGAUCAUCAUAUAAUUUUGUUCUUGUUUUAACACCAAGAGCAUUAGAUAGAUGUUUAAAUGAUAUACAUUGUACAGAUUGGAUACAUAAAGAAGUUGUAUGUGCCUUGGAAAGUGGAUGUAAUAUAAUACCAAUUACUGAUAAUUUUACAUGGCCACCAGCUGAGUCUUUGCCAGAGGAUUUGAGGUCAAUAACAACCUACAAUGCAGUUAAUUGGAUUCAUGAUUAUCAAGAGGCAUGUAUUGAUAAAGUGGAAAAAUUCAUGAUUAAAUCAAUAACUUCAACUCCUUUACCAUGUAAUCAAAUUAAACCAUUUGAAAAAUAAAUUAUUUCUUAUAUUUUUCAUAUUCACCUUACUUUGCAUAUUUUUUUGAAUAAUCAUUUCCUUCACUUCCUCUUAUAUUCUUUAUGAUUAAUGACUUAUUUCUCAAAUUUCUAUGUUACUUUUCUGUUCAGAGAAUAUAUACCAGCUUAUUUAAUAAUAAUAUUAAGUUAAAAAAGAGUUCAUAUAUAUAUAUUUAUAAUUUGACUGAAUUAUACUACUUAUAUGCAUUUAAUAUUUUAUUCUGUUUUUUUCCUUUUCUUAUGAUUAUUAUCAUACAGAAUAAUUUAAUCAACCCAUUUAUACUGAUCUCAUAAUUAUAUUUUAGAAAAUUCUAAAAAAAGUAACAAUAAAAGAAACAAAAGAGAUUUUUCUUUACAUUUUUUUUGAGUUUGAAAGUCAUUUUAUUUGAUAAAUAGAUGAAUAUAAAGAUUUGUGUGAUAGGACUAGUUCAUUUUUUCAUUAAAUUCAGUCGUUUAUUUUAUAUACUAAUCUAACUCACAUACCAAUAAUAGCUUUAUGUACUUGACUUUAAGCCACACUAUCUUAUGGAGAGUUAAUAAAGCUGUUGAAGGAUGAGGAGACUUAAAUCUCUGAUCUACUGAUUGGAUAUCAAAUAAUUUAACCAUUGCUCCGCAUGAAGGUACUAACAAUGUUCCAUUUAUACAAAAAAUAAUUCACCUAUAUGAAUUGUAAUUAUAAGCAAAUCGGUAGAUGAUCAUUCAAAGCUUUAUAUUAAACCAACAUGAUGAUGUAAACUAGCAAUCAAAUGAGAAAGUACAGCAUUAAUUUUAUGUUCACAAACUCGUUUCUCGAAUCAUUUAUAUACAAAUAUGCGAGUGUACUAAAAUGUUGUGUUCUCAGAACAUAAAACUCUAGUAUUUUGAGUUAGUCAAUUAACGAGAUAUACUUUUUCCUAAAAAGACGUAAAGCUGUAGCAGUAAGUUUAGUACUCAGCCUGUGUAUCCUUUCAAAGAAUAAUUUCCCUAAGAAUAUCGAGGUGCAAUUUUAAAGAUUUAAAUUGCAGUGGCCAUAAUUAUCUUCAAGUAUCUGCUAUCAGCAUGUCCAACGUGGUCCGGUCAGACAUGCUAAAUGAGAUAUAAAUAUAAUAAGAAAUAACUUUCAAAAUUAAGUUUCUAAUAAAAAUGACACUUAUACGAAUUAUUCAUUAAAUAAAUAAAAGAAAAGGGCCUUUUAGUACGCACACUGAAUGAACAUCGAAAAUGUCGCGAAUAAUUUCAGCUAUCAAAAUCUUAAUAUUUUAUUUAAACCUAUGCUAUAAGGAUCAUAACCUGUUGUCUACACUAAUCAACCAAAUAUUUUCAAAAUUACUCGAAAUACACAUCUCAAUAAGCUAUUUUCUAUGAGUAAAUUCAAGCUAAAACAUAGUCUUUUACAGUUAAAAAAAAUAUUACAGCGGUGAUAUAUUAACUUAUUUCAUUUUAUGUUCUUCAGAGUCUCUUUACUGUGUUUUAUCUAAUGUGACUCAACAAAUAUACUUGAUAACAUAAAUGUCAUUUUCUAUAUAAAAUAUAUUUUUGUUUAGAAUGGCUUAUUUUAAUUUUGUUGCUCCCAUAGCAAUCUUUUUUCGAUGUAAAAAAUAUAAUUAACUGAUCGUUUAUACAAUGACGUACAUUCACUGCAUACUUCUAACUGAACUAGAUCAAUAGAUAAAGGUCAUUCAACGUACAAUUUGUUUGGCAUAUACAUGUUUUCCAUUUCAUAGAGUGCACAGAAUAGAGAUCUUCCCAUGUACAUUAAUUAGUGAAGAGAAGAAAUCCAGAUUUCCAAACGAACAAAUCAAUAAACAAAUUAACUGGAAUAUGUAAUUAUAUAAAUUCAAACUUUUGUUUAUUUACUAUCAUAAAUUUCGAUUUUGAUUUUAAAAAAUCUGUUUGUAUGAUCUGUAUUAUGAUUUGAAACUUUCCGAAACACUCAUAAAUAUAUUAUAAGCAGAAUUUGUGAUUGUAUCUUCAAGGUAAAACAAUCGACAAUAAGAAAGCUGUAACAUUUCAACAAUGAAUGUUUUAAGGGUCUUUAGGUGUAUAAACUGUAAACUAAGGUCUGUGAUAGAUAGGUAUAUAGUAUAUUACAAAGUUGAAUUUAAUUCUAUCAGUAACGAGGUUGUAUAUACUGUAUUGUAUGUACCAAUGGAUACAAAAUGAUAAUCUCAGACGAAAUAAGACAAAUAAAAGUAUAGCAGUACAUUGAGAACGUACUAUUGUGUUAGUUAAACUAUAUCAAAAGAACUGCCAGUUCAUAUACUCCAGAUAGGUAGUCGACUGAACCCACCAUCUGUGCAAAAAAUAUAUAAAUCAGUUCACUGUUAGUUAUUUAGAUCACAAUGAUAGUAUGGUACAUAAAAGCAAAUCCUUUCGAGAAUUCUCUCGUAUACCUUCGUCUUUUCCCAACAUUGUUCGAUCCCGACCCCUACAUAUUCAUCCAAGUUUGACCUGCUUCCUCUACUGAACUAUUGUUUAGGAAUUAUAUUAUUUUAUCAAUAAUAGUACAUUCUUGCACUUAAAAAUGUUAUUUAUAUUACCUUAUGAUUUAGCAGUGAAUCGAAUGUCCAUAUGUUGGCAUGAAGUCCUAAACCCACUGGGUUAAUUAUAAUGUCAAGAUAGUUGUUUUUGAAAAAUAAUAAAUUCAGUACAUUCUUAAAAUUUCGAACAGUAUGUCACUGUUUAGAACAUGUUAUAUAAUGUCGCCCAACUUACGAGUUUACGGACAUGUGCACACACAGGGAGAAGUAAUUGCAAAUUUGAUAAUUUUGUAACUAAGAUUUACUGACAUUUAUAUAACUAAAAUUUAUCAUUUAUUCUGACUGUCUUCUGAUUUUAUAUAUUCAUUUCGUACUAUUUCUUAAAUGUAUAUAUCCCAACAGAUAUUUACCAUACUAUUCUUAAUUUCCAUAGUAUCAAUGUGUUUGGUUCAUCUGUUUCUUUUUCUCAUCACUACUAUGGAAACUACAUUUACUUAAUAAUAGUUGUUUAUUACAAGCAAUCACAAACAUCCCUUUUCAUUUCUUAUAACGUGAAUUGUCCUAUUUAUGAAAUAAUUUCCUCUUAAACAUUAGCGUGUAGACGAAACUAAAAAUAAUUGUUUACUUUCUUAUGAAAUAUUCUUGCAUUGCUAAUUGAAAUUUAGAUUUACGUACAUUUUUUUAAGAAGUGGAUAAAAUAAUACUUCCAGUUACCUGUACAACGUUUAGAACAAAAUCUAAAACUUAGUAGGUAGGAUAUUAUUUGUUUAGUUAGCCUUAUUUAAUGUAAUAAAAUUCAUGAAAUACUUUAUAAUACUGUUUUCACAAAAUUUGAGUAUCUUACUUUAUCUACAUAACCAUAGGAAUAUUACUGGGAUCACGAACCGACUAAAGUUAAAAGACCAUUGGAAACUAGGAAGCUCUGGACUCCCGGUUCGUCCUAUUAUUGAAAUUCUCAGUAGUGCGUAUACAUGAUUCCGCCACUGCUGACCAAAUUCAGUACCUCUAGACCAUGCGUUGAGCUCCAAACAUUUAGACCACUAAACCGUCAUCCGGUUUUGUAUAAAUCUAUCUUCAAUCAGUCCGAGAUAUCAGGCGACCAUCAUCUACUAUCUUCGGUGGUUAAAAUCCACUAGUUACAGCUCUUCGUUAGUACUCUUGGAUGAAAAUACUCCCCGAUUUUCAAUGGUUGUCUAACUUAAGUUGGUUCGUAAUCUGAGUAACACUCAACAAUCUCCACAAAAUACUUAUAUUAACUAGUAAGAAUAUAUUUUGUGACUCCAGAUUAAUUUAUACUCAUCAAAUGUGAAUUUUAAACGCCCAGUUUACUUAUCCAAUUUAUAUAAAACACACAGUCUAUUAAAGUGCUAACUAUUCCAAAAGCAAACAAUCGGGAAAGUCUGUACUUGCUCAUUCUUGUUUAUUCUUUACGCAAAGGAAAGGUGAUCAAAUCUGAAUUUACGUAUCAAAACAGUUGUCGGGGCAAACUUGACUGGAAGUGUUUAAAUGUUGAUGGCAGAUAAUUACUUUGUAAAAAAUUCCAACAUAAUUUCCUACUUAAAUUCGUUCUAAAGUGGUGUUUAUUUGCUGCAAUAUUAUAUCAUUUUGUAUGAAAAGUUCGUUAAUGCUACCAAGCAUAUGUUAUUUAGUAAAAUGAAUGUCAGUGUUUAUUAUUAUCAUUACAUGAGUUUACGCUAUUAAUUUCAGAUCGUUUCAUGUAAAUAUAUUUAUUCACUAAGACUGGAUAUCAUAUUGAUUGAUUUGCCUUUUUUAAUACUGUACAUAAAGCUAGUCAAACAGUAAAUAAGCUGAUAUUCUGUCGAUUCCUAAACCUCUUCCUCCUCCCAAUAAAAAAUGUUCCUUCUUCUAUACUUUUCUAUAAAGUAUGUAAACUAAUUUAUUGCACUUAAAAUCUAGAUCAGCGGGACCAUAAAUUUGGAAAGACAGACAAAGAUUAAGAUUGAAAAAAUAGUAUCACUGAUUAUUAGCCGUUUUAUAUAGAAAUUUUUAUACUAGCCAUGUAUUUUGUUUUUCUAUGUUACUUCUCUAAAGUAUAUUUCACAUAGCAAAAUCUUCAGGUUGAUUUAGUUAGUUCUUCAGUAGAUUUUAUACUAAUUACCAAUAAUAGGUAGUACAUCUCACUUUAGAUAAAAACAGCAGCAAAUUUUGGGCUUCUCACAUACAACUUUCCUACAUUUAAUUUUGAUUAUUGUUCAUUUUUGUUAAGCCCUUUUAUUAACUUAACAGACAACGUUAUUCGAACAGUGACAAUUUACAUAUUUUUUGUACUAUUAUGAUUACUACCGCAUCCGUAUAAACGUGUACUCUUGACCACAUGACAGACUCUAGCUAAAAUGUUGGUAGCCUAAAUAUCGCUCGAUGAAUCAUUCUCUUCUCCAUGUAUAUAUGUACUCGAAUCCUAUUAUUAGCCUUUGCUUUUCUUAUCCCCGCCAUAUUCAGUUUGACUAUAAAUUUGCCUAUGUAUUUGCUCGCAUAAAUUCAUUCUCCUCUCUGCUUCAAAUUCGCUUGAUAUGCUUGUAGAUUUGUUAUCCCUUCUAUCCGCUAAUAAAAUGUGGCUGC